AUGUACAACUAUAUUGGUUGUAAAAUUUUACAAUUAACUAUAUUGAAGCGCCUAUUUGGAACACUUCUGUCUGGUAAAAGUGUCAAACAGAUUAAUUACACCGAAAUUAAUCGCAAACGGAUUCGUGAUAGGGAAAGACUACGCAUUAUAGAUAGAAUGUCUAUCAAAGAUCUCCCCAAUACUGGGCCUGGGUAUAUUCCCUUACCCGAAUCAAUUGGUGCUGGCUCAGAUACUACUCAUGGCUUAAUGCACUACACAAAGAUUUUGACCAACAAUAAUCCGCCUCAAGCGCAUAUUUAUAGGCUUAUUAAUCCCCUAGGUUAUUUAAAAGUAUCGAAGCUAGGUACCCGCUCCAUAGCCACCAUACUUUCCCUUUACAUACGAUAUCAUCCAACUAACCACUCCUCAAUUAAGAACGUUCUUAAAGAAAUAAUUAGGAGGUUUGAUGAAUUAGACACAUGCGAGCUAGCUCAUAUUGCUUAUUCAUUGAGUGGUGUUGAUAAAUUGAAGUAUGAUGGAUUGAUUGAAAAUUUCACCAAUCGUAUAUUGCUGCAUAGGUAUUGGCAUUUCAAUUUCUCAGAAUUGGCCAAAUUAUUAUACUUCUCAACUAAACAACGUAAUAGCAUUCUGUUUGAUAAAUGUCUAUUGCACGUAUUCGAUACUGAAAUGGAUUGUUCUAUCCCAUACUCUAUGAUUAAUAGUGCACAUUUGAUUGCAAAAUCAUUAGAAUCAAUUGAUCCACAAUACUUACCUAAUUAUUAUACGCUACUGGAAAGUAUUACUAAUAAGUGCAACGAUAUAUUGUGCGAAUUUAAUGACAAACUGAAUGAUUAUCUGGCCAAGUAUAUACAAAAUAGAUCGCAAAAUAUAGUAUUUGAUUUGAGUACCAAUGAUAUAGAGACAUUACAAUUGAAACAUUUAAUGCAAUAUUUGAGAUUUUGUACCGAUUUAGGAUAUAGAAAUGUCAAAUACAACACUUUGCUGAACGAAUAUAUCGCAAAAUUGUUGCAAAUAACUAACCCUCAUAAAAUAGUAUCCACUGCUACAGCAUAUGGCAAGGUUGUUAGGAAUUUCCAUCAGCCAAUACACGCCUUUAUCGCAUAUUAUCAUAAUAAUCAACUUAAGAAGCAGUACUUUCCCACAGUAAACGAUCUUAUAGAAUCUAUACUCAUUACUAAAUCUAACAAAGUAAUUGCCAAUGAAUAUGUUAAAAUUUUGAACAAUUUACCAAAGGAUAUAUCCAUUAGGAGGAUAUUAAAGGCUAAUAAGCAACUUCUUUAUGACAAUUUCUCAUUGAAUGAACAUGUUUCUAAACUUUUAACAGUUGAUGAUAUUAACACUGAACUUCUAGGUGAAUCAAAUUACUAUGGAUACUAUCAAUUGGCUAAAUCUAACGGAAUAAAUGUUAGUACUUUUAAUAGGAAUAUUAUCGCAUUUAAAGAUGAAGACCUGGAAUCAUUGGUAAACGAAAUCAAUCAGAAUAUGAAAAAUGAUGGCGACUAUAGAUUUGCUAUUAGACGUAAAGAUACUAUUUACAACCAGUGUUUAUCUGUCAUAGUGAGUAAUGAAGUUGACGUUGAAAAGAAUAUAGAUACUUUAUCUGCAAUACUAACAGUUGCUAAUGAGAUAUCUUGGUCAUUUACCAUGAGCCAAUCUAGACACCUGCUGUACGUUGUGCUUGACAAUCUUAAUAAAUUUAACAAAUCGCCGAUACUGGUUAAAAGUUGCUUUUACCGCUUGUACAAUACAAUUUUACUAGCUCAAUUGCCGUUAUUUCGCUUGCAUCAUCAAACGUACCAAUUAUCGCUAUUAUACAAGCUGAUACAGCAUGAUCAAUGCAUAAGAGAAUCUAUUAAAGAUUUGGGUUUGGAGUUUUUUAAUUAUACUAACUUUACCAUCAGUAGGAACAAAUGGCAACCAAUUGGACCUCUAGUCGCAGCCAAUUGGUUUGCUAAGCUAUCUGAUUUGGAUUCGGAUUCAGUGGAUGUUGAUUAUGGGUUGGGGGCUUAUCGGAAAGUUGAGAUAUUAGGUCAUCCUUUAAAAAAUCACGGAUUGGACAUAUUAUUUAGUAAAUCAUUUGAUUUACUAAAUAAAAAUUAUUCUAACAACGAUUUUACUAGAUUCAUUAGUGAUAAGCCAGAAAUAAUCAAAUUAGUUAUCGAAGGCACACUCAAAUACAUAUGA